GAACGACACUCGCGCACCGGAAGUGCUGGGCGCUUUCGGAGAGGGACUGCGAUUGGGGCCCUUCUGGUCGCCCCCCCCCUCCCCUCCUCCUUGGCGGGCGCUUGGUAGCAACAUGUUCCUCACGGCAGCCAAUUUGGCCAAGGCCAAAUCCAAGUAUAUUCUUGUGAGGAUGCUGAGUGAAGCAGGAACAGGUUUUGCUUUCAACAUAAAAAGAGCACGGCUUGAUGAAAAGCGAGUUAUGCUGAGAUACGAUCCUUUUGUUAAACAGCGUGUCCUCUUCAAAGAACACAAAAAAAUCCGCUCCAUAUAGAUGAUGACUGAUUCUUUGAACAUAGUUAUUAUUUCAUGAUUUCAUUGGACUUGAGGCAUAGUCAUGGAGGGAAACAUUCAGUUGGUGGUCCUGUAGUGUUCCCAGAAAGCUGAGAUGAUUGCCUCCUGUGAUUUGAAGACCAAUGCUAACCAAAACAAUGUGAAAGAAGAAUGUUAUUGGUGUCUAGCUUUGGAACAUCGUUACCAAUAACUUAUUUAUCUUUUGAGUUAUUUUUACAGAUUUCAAUUAAAAUAGCAAAUUCCUUUGUCUUUGUGCAUUGUAUUUUAGCACUGAUGUUGAAUUAUCUAUGUGCAUCAAAAAUGUUUGUUCCUACAGCUAUAGAUGGAAAAUUUUCCUCAAAUACAAUUUCAGGAAAAUCA